AUGAACCUGCUCCCCAAAGCCAUCCCCGAAUCUGUCACGAUGAGUCUUGCUCUCCGACCCCAACCUACUGAAUGGUACGGAAGCAGAGCAUACCAGACGGAAUGCAAGGAGCGCAAGCUGCUGCCACUGGGGGUAAUGUACGUUCCGCGGUCGGAGCCCCCACAGCCUAAGGCUACUCGCGUGCGUGCUGGUCGUCUCGCAAAUUUAAUGGACAUGCCAGUGGACAUAUUUCUCGAGAUCGUCAUGAAAAUGCAUCCACUAGAUUUGCUACGUCUCUCCAGAGCUUCCAAGCACUUCCGCUCCAUUCUCUUGACGAAGAACUCUCGUCAUCUUUGGGUUUCUGCCUUCAAAAACGUCCCGGGAGUUCCGGCUUGCUCGCCCUACAUUUCAGAGCCACGUUACGCAGCGGCUCUCUUCGACCAGUAUUGCUUCGCCUGUGGGAUUGCGCGUUCGACGAAUGUCAACUACACGGUCAGUGUGCGACUCUGCGCACCCUGCUUCAAGACAAACUUCAAGCAAUACGACGAAAUGCAUAUCAACCUUGACAGCCUUCUCCCAAGCGCCAAGAAGCUUCUGCCUUCGCUAUGCGUCUCGACUAUGAAAUUCUACUCAGAAGAGUACAAAUCCUCGGCGGAUGCGAAGAAGAACUCUACGUUUUCAUGCAGAACCAAUAAAUUCUACUAUCCCGAGUUCAAGAUGAUCGUUAAGAAAUUCGCGUCAUUGCGAACCUUCGCUGAUCGGCGGACUUUCGUUGAAGAGCGACAGCAAUUCGUGACCCUCAUGCAAACGCAUGACUUAUCUGUCUUGAGGUGGCUUCGUGGAAACCGCAACGAAAGGUACACAGAAGAGGAUGCUGCGCGUGAGGAUCGCAAGAUCGCCCUUCUCGAGAGACUGGAAGAACUCGGAUACACUCCUGCAGACUAUCCAGACAACGAUGCGUGGAAUAAGAUUAUGGCCCGCCCGACCAGAGUAACCGACCGAAUCUGGAAGGCUACUCAGCCUAAGCUCGUCGCGCUCAUCGAACAGAAACGCGAGGAUGACCGUCAAGCUGCUUUCGAAAAGCGUCUGCGAAAACGAUGCGCUGAGUUCGCGCCCUUCUAUGAAGUAUUCCUCGAGAGCACACUCUCCCAGGACGACCUGUUGUUCGCCCCCAAUUUGCGCGACGCAUGCACUCUGCCUAGUGUCUUGGAGAUGACCUCCGAGGACGAUGCGAACAUCGUUGUCACCCAGGAGAGGACCACCGCCAUCGAGCAGCGUAUCGUUCUUGACGUGCGCGAGUACGCUGCGCAAACAAAGCGCGACCUAAUCGAAAUGCUACAUCGCGAGAAGUGCGGAAGAGGCAACUACACCACUCCGCCGUCACUGGAAAUGCCUGAGGUCGAUGUCGAGCUCGCGAAGGCGUCCUCACUGUUCGUUUGCCGCCGUUGCUCUCUGAAGGUCCCCGUUUCAGCGACGGCUAUAUGCGCUCACUGGCGGGCCGAGCAUCCGCGACUCAAGUGGAACGACAAGUGGCCGAUCGAGGAGUCUUUCGACCAUCGCCGGAGGUACUCCGACCGCCCAUCUACGCUUCCCUGGGUGAAGGCGAUGUCGUCCGGACCAGCACGCACCAUGAUGGCUCUCUCAGCUCUGGGGCUCCCCGCGGAUACGUCCAUGGCGCAAUUGGACGACUGGGUCCGUGAAGGAAGGCUGGUUUGCCUCUGCGCUCAUCCGACACUCAUGUCUCUCACUGAGCCCUCCUGGGGAACCCUGAUUCAUCAUGUCAGUGGGCAGAUUGAUUGGCAUAACAGCAUGUCCUACAAUCGCCCGCGCUACUAUGUACAGGGAGGGAUCAUCGACGACCACUACCUGAGCGGCAAGACGACCUGCUUGAAGCUCCUCGCCGAGGGAGAGCUACUCGCUAUUCCCCAGUAUAGCAUCCCAGACGACGUCGCCGCUGACGUCACUCUGCGCUUGGACGGAAACGAGACCAAGCCUUCGUGUUCGAUAUGUUACGAGCUAGUCAAGGAGAAUGCUCGUUGGAGCGGACUGUACCUGGAGAAGAACCUGCAGGUCUUGGCACACCACAUGAAGACGAAGCACGACAAAUCACUCUCCAAAGGGUCGAUAUGCUUCCACCACUACCGCUACUGA